AUGAUAUGUCAGAAUAAUGGAACUUUACAAGCCAGUGGACUCAGUCAGGCUCUUGUGGGUACUCUUUUGAAGGAGUGGGGGUUUGAUGGGUAUGUGCGUUGGCUUCGAGGGUUAAGGGGACGAUACAGAUUGAGAAGGGAUUGGACGAUCGACUUUUUACAUGAACGAUUCAACAUCAAGCAGGUCACUGAGCCUGCAUCUGGCAAGUCGUCUAUUUUCGUUGCGUACAAGUACAAGAAACUUGUAGUGGAUGAGAAACAUCUUCAUGUUGUGGAUCAUCAUGAUGAGAAGGAAGAUCACGGUGGUGGAACGAACCCGCUGUUCGAAUUCGUUCCUGCUACUUCGGGUAUGUUCCUCUGGUUAAAGUUCCCGUUACAAUAUCACAAAGACUACCAUCAUCUCGUCGAAACGCGUUCCCCUUCCGAAGCACGCACCUUCCUAAGUGACCGUCUCUGGAAAGGUCUUCUCGAUUCAGGUGUCCUUUUCCGACCUGGAUUCGUUUCCAAGGGCGGAGCGAGGAAGAAAGGGAUCAAGUUGGCGAUACGUUUGCGUUUUUGA